ACUUUGGGGCACAAACAGCUGCUGGUGCCGUUUUGAUGAUUUCCGAUCAUUUUAGCAUGAGUGCAAUGGUCGAUGACUCAACUGUGGAUUCAUGGGCAAUUUCUAAAGCUGUAUUGAAUGGAAGCGAAUUUUUCAUGGACUUGAGCGGAUGCAGACUCUCAGAUGUCACUUUGGCAGCCGAUUCAGAGAAGUUAAACCCAGGAACCUGCCUCAAAGAAGUCUGUGAUAAACAUGCAGUCGCCAGUACUGUCAGUUCAUGUGGAGCCAAGGAGGUUUGCCAGGACAACGUCAAAUGCGGGAUUCAGCACAACGACACCAUUGACAGUUCGAUCAACUGCAACCGCUCAACUGAACACUGUAAUCUCAUGAGGCAGGCACCUUUCACUGCUUGUCACGACCGCAUUGACCCAGAGCCGUACAUAACCGCCUGCACAAACACUUUGUGCAAUUACCCGGCGGUGGACGGUCUCAACUGCCAGUUGUUGGAGGCUUAUGCCAAGGCCUGCAGUCUGAAGAACGUCACACUGAAGAACUGGAGGUCAACGGUUGGCUGCUGUAAGAUUCAGUUUGACUUUUAUUAUUAA